CUCCAAGAUACGUUUGGCAUUAACGGUAUCCGUAUCUGGAAUAUCUAUAACGCAAUCGCCAUAUCUGCCAGAUGUGAACCUCCCUGCCUGCGACAAUUCCAUCUUUACGGGUGUUCUCCAGACGCCGUUUGAUUCCAACGCCGCCGGCUUCUUGUCCGCAAGAUACGGAAUAAUCAUGUCUUCAACCGCCACCCUAAGCGAUAGUGGGGCUGUCAUGGCAAGGUCGAAAAGGCCCGUCCAGCCGCCGGUCAAAGUGGCAUGUACCUCUUGCCGUGCGUCUCGCACACGAUGCGACGGCAUCAAGCCUACCUGCCAAAACUGCCUCAUCCGAGGUAAGGAUUGCCAAUAUCUGAAAAGCAACCGUGGUGGUCCACGCGUGUCGCGAAAAAAAGCUAUGCUGGCCGAAGAAAAGCGACGACUGGCCGAAAGCAACGGUGACGGACAGCAAAAUCCGUCUAUAGAUAUUGACUGGAGCUCCUUAAUGCUGUCGACUGAACAGUUCCACGACGAGCUAAUUGGCUCAAUGAUCGCCCCUGGGGCCGGUUUAUUAGACCUGGACGACGAGAGUCAUAGCGACGAAAUCUUCGACAGCAUCUUCCUCGAUGCACCGAAAGGAGAAGAAGUCGUUUUUGAUGCGUUUGAGCCCAAUAUCCAAUCCCUUCCUUACAACCCGGUCGUUCGCCAUUACGAGACCAAUAAAAGCAUACUCAACGCAUACUACAUAUUCAUCCACCCAUACUUUCCAAUAUUGCCUCCCCCACCAACGACCUUGGAGGUUGACGAUCCGGCCUCGGAGUCGAAAGGCUUUCAACCUGGCUCGCCAUUAGCCAUGGCUUUAUUGGCAAUCCUCCUGCUAAUACCGCACCCCAACGACCUGUUUGCAGAUAGCGACGAAUCUGUCUGUCAAAGGCGACAAGAGGCACACUCGUAUUCACAGAUGGCCAUGGAAAGUGUGGAAAUGGAAACAGAAUUGCUUGAGUCUGCCACGAGCCCUUCUGCUGCCCUGGAAUAUUCGCGGCCAUCGCUACGCCGAGAGCGAUUCCAUCCUGCUGUGCCCACUGAACUCGAAAGUUUGUUGGCACACAUUGUCCUGAGCAUCUACGAAUAUGCGCAGCGAGGCAAUCUCGCCAAAAUGCGGAAUCGUGCCUCUCAAGCAUAUGAUGCAGCUGUCCGACUCGGUCUCCACGACACUUCUGAUCUUCCUCUAGAUGAAUGCACAGAAGCUCGAAGACGAGCUUGGUGGAUGACCUACAUUGUCGUGCUUCAGAGCUCUAUCGUCUCCAGCACGCCUCCGAUCAUCACAAUCGACUUCCAUCAAUUCAGGUCACCUCUUCCGACGAUAGCCUCGGACCCGGACGCCUGGCUGUUCUUCAUUGAGGCCCAACAGAUCAUCUUGCGAUGUACACAAUAUACUGUUGCACUGAAAAAAGCCCUCGAAACCGGCGUAGAUCCAAACGAGCUCAACGGCAGAAAAGCCAUGCUCGACAGCGACAUCGACACGAUCCUACAACGAUACUCGACUCACCCUAUCGAAGCAGAGUUUUUGUCGCCAAGUGACUUUGAGGAGAACACUUUAGCAAAGUCACUCCGGUCGCAGGCGCUGAUCAAGCUCAGCAGCGCAAGAAUCAAGCUCCACAGAUAUCGUGCCUUUCACGAUGUCCCCGUUUUCACGCGCAAACACUGCGACCUCGAUCAAACGGAUGCGUCUACUCCGCGCCAGCUUGGAUGUGCCUGUCACUCGGGCAGUCUAAGAACGUCGCCCAAUACAACCUUUCCGGGCCAGAAGUCGGUUUCUCCCGCCCUUCCAGAUGCCAUGCCGACAGGUGCUACUGAGAUACCCUUCAACGACCUCCCCGCAGCAAAGACCUGUAUGAAAGCCGCUUUGGCGAUAAGUCGAGCCUUUGAAACCCUACCGCAUCCGAACCCGAUACAAUUACCCUUGCCGGUGUUUCCUCCAUCGAUGCUGUCAAUCACUUCGGCGAAUCAGGCACCUAGAACAAUGCCCGGCUUUGCUUGUUGUGCCAUGCAGAGUUGCUACACCCUUCUCACGCUAUGCUACAGGAGCCUAGAAAGGCAAUGCAUGUAUCAACGGAGCGUUGCUGCCGAUAAAGGCUUGGAAGAACUGUACGCUGGAGUGGGACGCGUCUUGGCCGCCCUGCAGAAUUAUUCAAUCGCUUUCGAGGCUCUCAAUGGCAUGACGCAACAAGUAGAGGAAGCUCUUGAAGCUUUGAAGUGUGUGAGGUAACGGUGAACACAUCCAGGGCGUUCCACAAUCUAUCGCGCUGCUCUUACGACCCUCGACAAUCCCAACUCAGUACGCCGCCACCAUUUCCGCGUCACAACAAAGUAACGACACAUCAUUGCUCCUCGUCGUGCGUCCAUCCAAGCAGUCUCUCGGCCUUAUCCGUCGUCCAGAAGGCCGCGUUAUCCUUCCCCCAAUCGCCCUUGAUCUCGGCGUUGGGAAAGUACUUCUUGGCCAGAUCCCUCGACGGCGUAUCUUGGGUCGUCGUCUUUGCAUGGAUAUUGAAGAUCUCGCAGCCCUUGAACUUGUCGCUCUCGACACCUUUCAGACACGCCCUCGCGGUCGCCACCGGAUUGACCCAGCCCCACAGCUGCUUGACCGCCGCCUGGUCCCAGUCGUCCUUGUGCUCCUUCUGCACAUCCUUGAGUGGCGCGACUUCAUGGAUCCGCAGCACGGCGAUGUUCAUGCCGGGAAACCAGCGGACGAAACUGCGCGCCUGCACCUCGGAUUCCUGCUUGGCCAGGGCGUACGAGUCCGUCGGUUUCUGCGGGUAGUCCUCGUCGAUGGGGAAGUAUUCGAACUCGAGCGGCUGGUUGGCGUAGGCCAGGCCGAUGGCGUUCACGGAGCUCGCGUAGCAGACUCUCUUGAUGCCGUUCUCCGCGGCGGCUCGGAACCCGUUGAACGCGCUGCACACGUUGUUGUUGUGCACGGUCGAAUCGGGUUUGUCGACCGGGUUCGGGAUGGCGGCGAGAUGGAUCAGCGCGUCGCAGCCCCGGAAUGCUUUGACGGUCGCGUCGUAGUCACUGGCCACGUCGGCUGUGCGCAUCUCCGAGUUGGGCGUGCCAUCGGGUUCGGACUCGGUCCGGUUGAUUUGCACUGUGUGGUGGCCUGCCUGGGCGCAGAGCUUGACGACUUCCUUACCCACCGUGCCUCGGGCACCUGUGAUUGCGAUUCUCAUCUUGAUCUUGUUCCGAGUCUUGUAGAGACACGUAUGUAUGUAUGUUAGCCUAGCGUUCGCGUGUCGUGGGGGGUUUUAUCAGGGUAGGGGGGAAAUGCCACGGCGUAAGGCGGGCACAAUAUAUACCUUACCAUGUUCAAUGACGGCUGAGGUCACGAUCCGGGGUGGAUUUCCGAGGCGAGUAAAGUGGUACGAGGUACAAUUCCCAUGACGAGAUGUCUGGUGGGGUGUACCUUAUGGUGUACCAGUACUCCGGACAGAGUUUGGUUGUGCCGGUGGGAGCGGCAAACCACGGUGACCACAGUACUUGCUUACCUACCUUAGGUACUAGGAUCACAGCAUUUGCGGGCCGGUAUGGAGUAUCUCGGAUGACGUCGAGUGAGGGUGUCAGUAUGUCACUCUUGGCUUACGAUUUCCUGCAUACCUGCCUUCCUGGUACUCCGUACCACACCGAUAUAUGCUGUUUUCCAGAAAUUUGUAUCAAGUCGCAGUCCAGACCACCGAAAACAUCGAAGAAGAAGAAGACCAAACGAAGGAGGAACGUGUUAGAUGGUCGUCGCGCUGAUGCCGGCUAACGUAGUCGUGGGUAAGUCUUGAGUGAGAAUCCAUGUGAAAGGGGACCAUCGAGGCCAAGAUCUUAUCUGAUUGCCUGCAUCAACCUGCCCAUCUGCACUGGCGGGGCGCCAAGAAAACAUCUCGCCGGCGACGGUCGGGUUGGCAGAGACAAGACACUGGCGUGGACUGCUUGUAAACAACGCUUAGCCAAAGGAGCCAUCCUCAACGAGUGCAGGCGUCGAUUCUACGGAGAAAACGGUGCAAGAAACAAGCGCAUCUCCACGGUCUGCGUCGGCAGCUGCAUCCUGCUCGUGCUUGGAAGUUGGGCGGCAUACUUCUGGGGAGUGGCGACCGGGAACAAUGGCUGAACGAUCCGACGAGGAUGCGAGGGGGAAUAUGCUUUGUUUCACUGAGUCCUCAAAAUCCAGUCCUCCAGACAGCAAUCGAGACAUCAAGCCCGGUGGAAAUGGGCCUUUGCUGCAGCUGGAGUGGUGGAAACAUCUCCCAGUAUGAUCUGGACGGGUGGCAACCUUGCAGGCCAAACAAGUGCUUGAGGUAUGGUUUAGUCGAAUAGUU